AUGUGUUCUCUGUGUAAAUGUACAAAUGGUGUGACUAAAUGUGAGCCCAAGGAAUGUAAAUGCAAUGCUCCAGAUGUCAACCUAAAUUGUUGUCCCCAAUGCACAAAAAAGGGCAAAUGUGAACAUCAAGAAGAACCGAGAUUAAUGGCGCAUGGCGAAAAAUGGAUCUUCCAAUGCCAAACGUGUGAAUGUUUAAAUAGAGAGAUCGAUUGCUGGCCACUUGAAUGCCCGCAGCUGACCUGCUCUCAGAUAAUCAAAGUACCCGGGGAUUGCUGUCCUCGGUGUGUAAAUGAUGAACCUUGCCACGAAAAUGAUCGAUACAGCAUUGUCAAUGUUGGCCUUCCUGUCGAAGUAUGCAGGUACCGUGGACGUAGAUAUCAGAAUAAUGAAAUAUGGAAGCUCGACGGAGAUAGGUGUACGAGUUGUAAAUGCAAGAGAGGACACAUUUGCUGUUCAUUUAAUCAAACAUGCACAGAUCUCGAAAGGUUUCCUUGA